UAAUAGCCACAAUAAUUUAAUUAAUAUGAACUACAUGCUGUCAACAAACUGGAGGAAAACAUUCUGUGGUUAGAUCACCAUGUAACUGUAUUUUUGACCAGGCCAUUACGCAGGAACUUCUUAAAAACUACCACUAGCAUAAAGAGAAUUAGAAGAUUAACGCUAAACAUAUUUACCUGGAAAUGUUUAAUUGAGUUCAAUGGUACUUAACUCCUUAAAAGUUUGGACUGCAUCCAAGAAAUGCAAAUUCUAAUGCAAGCUAACAGACAGCUACAGUUUACAAAACUCUCUAAUUGUUUUAACAAAGUUCUCUGAAUGUCUGUGGGCUUUUAGGUUGCUGUGUUUGGCCUAUUCUAGCAAAUUCAAGUUGGGAUAACAAUUACUUUAACUUCAAUCUCUGUUCUGUUUACAUAUUCAGGAGGUGAUUCAGAGGCCAAACUGAGCCACUGACAGGACCUGGGCUCUUGAUGCAACUGUCAAGUAACUAGAUCCAUUGGAAGACAGGGUUCUUUUAAUAACUGUGAGGACAGUAUUUUGGCAAGUGGAGCUUCACAUAGCUCAAUGAAAACCAGCAAUCAACAAAACAGUCUCUCUCCUAAAUGUAGAUGAGCUUUCCUUUCGCCUCCAGUCACCUUUAUCUGUAAAAGGAUUAUUGUCCCUUGGGUUCGAAGUCCUCAUUCAGUAGGAAAACGCAAUGCCCUGUGAGUGACCUGGAAUUAGUCAGCAACAGUCCCAAGUGCAGCUCCUUGUAUGAGUAGAAAUGAAGUGUUCUUUAAGAAUCAGCUGCUAGGGUACCUGGCAGAAACAUCCUGCAUUUCAAUAAUUCGCAUAGGGCAGACUCGACGUUUCCCUGAUCUGGUUGCCGUGAAUGUUGAUGACACCUGUUGAAUUUCUGUUUGUCACUCAGGUGCUCUGGCGGGAAAGCAGCAGCCUUAUAGCAGCAACCUCUACCUGCUACCUUCUGAGAGCAGAGGCCUGUAGUUGCAGGUGUUGCCCGCCGGGUGGCGAGACAUCCCGCCGACUGUGUGUCGUAUGAACCUCAAGUGCUGAAACGUGUCCUCGAAUGACCCCGCCAGGCAUGCUCCCGCUCGCCUUAUCCAUUCUGGAGAGAGGAGCUUUAUGGCGCCUCCGACCGGGUCUCGAGCAGCGGCUUGCAUGAUGGAAUUUAAAUUGACCCAAGCAAGGCUUGACAUUUUGGAUCAAUACUGCUGACACUUUCUUCAUUUUGCUAUACUUGAUUAUUUGCUCAAAGAAAGCAUCCAAUGGAUUUCAAGGAAAGUUGCCCAAGUGUUAGCAUCCCAAGCUCUGAUGAACAUAGAGUGAAGAAAAAGAGAUUCACAGUUUACAAAGUUUUGGUCUCAGUCGGCAGUAAUGAGUGGUUUGUCUUCAGGCGAUAUGCUGAGUUUGAUAAACUAUAUAAUACACUAAAGAAACAGUUUCCCACCAUGAACUUGAAGAUUCCUGCUAAAAGAAUAUUUGGAGACAACUUUGAUCCAGACUUCAUUAAACAGAGAAGAGCAGGACUAAAUGAAUUCAUUCAAAAUUUAGUACGGCAGCCAGAACUAUGCAAUCACCCAGACGUCAGAGCAUUUCUUCAGAUGGAUAAUCCAAAGCACCAGUCUGAUCCAUCUGAAGAUGAGGAUGAAAGGAACAGCCAAAAGUUAAACUCUACCUCACAGAAUAUCAACCUGGGACCAUCUGGAAAUCCUCAUGCUAAACCAACAGAUUUUGAUUUCCUGAAAGUUAUUGGGAAGGGAAGCUUUGGCAAGGUUCUUCUUGCAAAAAGAAAACUGGAUGGGAAGUUCUAUGCUGUUAAAGUGCUACAGAAGAAAAUUGUUCUCAACAGGAAAGAGCAAAAACAUAUUAUGGCUGAACGUAAUGUGCUGUUGAAAAAUGUGAAACAUCCAUUUUUAGUGGGAUUGCAUUAUUCAUUCCAAACUACAGAGAAGCUUUAUUUUGUCCUGGAUUUUGUUAAUGGAGGGGAGCUGUUCUUUCAUUUGCAAAGAGAACGUUCCUUUCCUGAACACAGAGCCAGGUUUUAUGCUGCUGAAAUAGCCAGUGCACUGGGCUACUUACACUCAAUAAAUAUUGUAUACAGGGAUCUGAAACCGGAAAAUAUACUUCUAGAUUCAGUGGGACAUGUUGUGUUAACAGACUUUGGGCUUUGUAAAGAAGGAAUUGCUACUUCUGACACCACAGCAACAUUUUGUGGGACCCCAGAAUACCUGGCCCCAGAGGUAAUCAGAAAGCAACCCUAUGAUAACACAGUAGAUUGGUGGUGCCUUGGUGCUGUUUUGUAUGAAAUGCUGUAUGGUCUGCCUCCUUUUUACUGCCGUGAUGUCUCCGAAAUGUAUGAAAACAUUCUUCACAAACCCCUCAAUUUAAGGCCAGGCAUCAGUCUUACAGCAUGGUCUAUUCUAGAAGAACUUUUGGAGAAAAACCGGCAAAAGAGACUUGGAUCUAAAGAAGACUUUCUUGAAAUUCAAAGACAUCCCUUCUUUGAAUCUCUCAACUGGACUGACCUCCUUCAAAAAAAGAUCUCACCACCAUUUAACCCUAAUGUGGAUGGUCCAGAUGAUAUUAGGAAUUUUGACAUGGCAUUUACAGAAGAGAUGGUACCCUAUUCAGUUUGCAUUUCUUCUGACUAUAAUAUCAUAAAUGCCAGUGUGCUGGAAGCAGAUGAUGCAUUCAUUGGAUUUUCUUAUGCACCACCUUCAGAAGACUUAUUUCAUUAAGUUUUGUGGAGCCAAGUAAUACAUCAUCUCUCAUCUUAAAUGGACCAAAAUGUCUUGAUUGUGAACAGGCUCUAAAAUAUGUGCCUAUGUUGAUAUGAUACCUAUGAACGAACAUUAUCUGCUGUAAUUUGAGAAAUCUGGGCAUUUCAGACUACUUUCUUUAGACUGUUACAGCUGAUGCACAAAAUACUUUUUUAAAAAAAUAGCUUUUAUUAGCUGUUUAUAAAGUUGAGAUUAUUUCAAAGCAAGGACAUUUGACUGUUUUCCUCCAGUUUACAACAUUAACAUCUCCAGAACUGGCUGUCUUUAAUAGUAGCACCUGUAAAUGCCUUGGUUAACCAGCUAUGGUGACUCUGUGCUUAAAAUGUUACUAUGCAAUUGUUUUUGUAUGUCAUUUGUUUAAAAAAGUUUACCCAGUACAAUUGUAUUUGUUAUUUUAAGGCAAGUUGAUUCAUCGCCAACAUUUGCUUGCUCGCUUGCUUUUUUUGUUUGUUUCCUAAGUUUAAUAAUAAGCAAAGAUCUGUAUGGUAUUGUUCACUUUAAGGCCAGACUGGGCCAUCUUCAAUCAUGGUGUGCUCAGAAUUGCAGUCAUUUAUUACUUUUCUACUGAAGUACUCUGAUUAAUUAUAAAGCCUGGAAAUGUGCUCUCUGGGUUGAUAGGGUAGAACAAAUGAGCCUUAGGACUUGUUCAUAAUGACUCAUCUCAUGACUAUAACUUUUCUCUUCUUGUAGAAGAAGCUAAGUGAUUAUUUUCCCCCAAAGAAACAGAUGAUGAAAAACAUACUGCAUUUGUAAAAGGAAAACUUAACUUGUAUUUGGAAUACUAAUAUAUUACAGCUUGAUUGUAUUAAAAUCCAUAGUUUCUUGUA